CACACGGCCUCGCGGCAGUGGCAGCCACACCCACAGCUUGAGCUGCCAGCCAACGCAGCUGCCACGCGAAAUCCUUCCACUCCACAAGUGACUUUUUACAAGCCGUGAAUUGUUGUGGUGAGUAGAAUUCCUCCGCUGAUUCUUCAUAAAAUCCCGCGCGGGCAGCCAAGAAUCUCCCGGGACAAAACCGUACAGGCGACGCUCCCUGCUCUCCAUCUCCCGAUCCCGAGAGGACGCCGUGGAUGGCUGCCAUGGCGGCGCCCCGCUGCACGUCGUCGUCCUCGGCGUUCCUCGGCCUCCCGCACAGCAAUGGCAGGCAGCGCCAUGGCAAUUCAUGCCGCUUCGUUGCCAGCGCCAAUCCGGCGCCGGUGUCCGCCACGCUGGACAAGGAGACCACGGCGGCGGCGAAGCCCCGGAGGUCACGGAACCGCCGGUCCAGGAAGGCGACUAAGUCCGGCUCCAUGACGGUGCUCGCCCCCGACGAGCCCGCGGAGGCGGCGAAUGGCAGCGGCGGCGGCAGGGGGAUGGUGGCGCUGGACGACGUGAUCGUGAACCCGGUGGGGUUGGGCCGGCGGUCCCGGCAGGUGUUCGACGAGGUGUGGCGCAAGUUCUCGCGGCUCGGCCAGAUGUCCAGCGCCUCCUCCGCCGCGGUGGCCGAGCAGGACCCCGCCGUCCUCUUCCGCGGCGGGCCCAUGUGCGAGUUCACCGUGCCCGGCGCGCAGGACACCACCGUCCUCGUCGUUGGCGCCACCAGCCGCAUCGGCCGCAUCGUCGUCCGCAAGCUCAUGCUCCGCGGGUACAACGUCAAGGCAUUGGUCAGGAGAAAUGAUCCGGAAGUGAUCGACAUGAUUCCGAGGUCUGUGGAAAUCGUGGUUGGCGAUGUCGGCGAUCCUUCUUCAGUUCAGGCUGCUGUAUCAGGUUGCAACAAGGUAAUCUACUGCGCUACCGCACGUUCUACUAUCACCGGAGACCUCAACAGGGUUGAUAACCAAGGAGUGAGGAAUGUUACCAAGGCUUUCCAGGAUUACUACAAUCAGCUGGCCCAGUCAAGGGCUGGUAAAAGCAGCAAGAGCAAACUGACGAUUGCUAAAUUCAAAUCUGCCAAAUCUGUGAAAGGAUGGGAGGUGCGGCAGGGAUCAUACUUUCAGGAUAUCUACCCUUCUAGAUUCGAUGGAGGCACCGAUGCGUCAUUUGAGUUUGCAGAAAGUGGACAGGCUGUUUUCUCAGGGUUUGUUUUCACAAGGGGUGGCUACGUUGAAAUGUCUAAACGGCUUUCGCUUCCUCUGGGUUCCACCCUAGACAGGUAUGAUGGAUUGCUUCUUUCGGUGGGUGGAAAUGGAAGAUCAUAUGUUAUUAUUCUUGAGACUGGUCCGCUGGCUGACACCUCACAGAGCAAGAAGUAUUUUGCCCGGAUGAACACAAAAGUUGGGUUUUGCAGGGUAAGAGUGCCGUUUUCAGCUUUCCGGCCAGUAAACCCACAGGAUCCUCCACUGGACCCGUUUCUUGUGCACACACUAACCAUCAGGUUUGAGCCCAAGAAGCAGAGACCUGGUGAUUCAUCUGAAGGAGCUAGUGACCCCAGAAACUUUGAGCUGAAAAUGGAGUUUAUAAAAGCUUUACCGAGUGGUCAAGAAACAGACAUUGUGCUGGUCUCAUGCACUGGCUCAGGAAUUGAAGCCAACAGGCGAGAACAAGUCCUCAAAGCGAAGAAGGCUGGAGAGGAUGCAUUGAGGAGAUCUGGCCUCGGAUAUACGAUUGUGCGCCCAGGUCUGCUGCAGGAAGAACCAGGGGGCCAGCGCGCCUUGAUCUUCGACCAAGGGAGCAGGAUCUCUCAGGGCAUCAGCUGCGCCGAUGUGGCGGACAUCUGCGUGAAAGCGCUGCACGAUUCGACGGCGAGGAACAAGAGCUUCGAUGUGUGCUACGAGCAUGUCUCGGAGCAAGGGAAUGAGCUGUAUGAACUCGUGGCUCAUCUGCCAGACAAGGCCAACAACUACCUGGCCCCGGCUCUCUCGGUUCUGGAGAAGAACACCUGAUCUGAUGAGUGCGCCACCUGUGGUGUGGUAGCACUACGAGUGAUGUACAUACAUUGCAAGUUUUUCUUUUGGGGCAUAGAAACUGCGUGGGGUCCACAUUCAGAGAGACGUAGUUUUGGGGUGUGUGCACUGCCUAUGUCGCCAUCGUCAACCUGCUGCAUGAUCCAAAGGGGUAGGAAAAGGAGCACAAAGGGUGGCACAUUCUGUGUAGUGUAUGUAGUGGCAGUUUUUGGAGACUGGGACCCAGGGGCAGUGAUGGCACAUACAGGCCGACUAUCAGACCGGAUGGAGUGAUCUGACCAGACCAAGGCAUGAAACACAAGUGCUGGCUGCCUGUGUUGAUGUACUGAUGGGUCAUUUGAGAUGUCUGAAUUAUCUUGCAAUUUGCAUCCUCCAAAAUGGUGGGUGGGGGGCUCCAGCCCCCUACCUCAUGCAACCCA